GCCGCCGCCGCUUGCUCGGUCCAGCGCCCUCUCCGUCCCGGCUCCGGGCCGGGGAGGAAGAGGAGGGAAGGCGGAGGGCCAAGCGGUGCCCCGGCCGAGGCGCCCCCCGCCGCCUCUCGCGGGGAUGAGGCUCUGGCCGUGAAGAUGGAGGUGACCUGCCUCGUGCUCCUGGCGCUGCUCCCCCUCCACUGCCGGGGACAAGGAGUCUACGCUCCGGCCCAGGCACAGAUUGUGCACGCAGGGCAGGCCUGUGUGGUGAAGGAGGACAACAUCAGCGAGCGAGUCUACACCAUCCGGGAGAGCGACACCCUGGUGCUGCAGUGCCUGGUCACGGGGCACCCUCGGCCCCAGGUGCGGUGGACCAAGACGGCCGGCAGCGCGUCCGACAAGUUCCAGGAGACGUCGGUGUUCAACGAGACGCUGCGCAUCGAGCGCAUCGCCCGCACCCAGGGCGGCCGCUACUACUGCAAGGCGGAGAACGGAGUGGGCGUGCCGGCCAUCAAGUCCAUCCGCGUGGACGUGCAGUACUUGGACGAGCCUGUGCUGACAGUGCACCAGACGGUGAGCGACGUCCGUGGCAACUUCUACCAGGAGAAGACCGUGUUCCUGCGAUGCACCGUCAGCUCCAACCCCCCCGCCCGCUUUAUAUGGAAGCGGGGCUCCGACACCCUGUCCCACAGCCAGGACAAUGGGGUUGACAUCUACGAGCCUCUCUACACCCAGGGGGAGACGAAGGUCUUGAAGCUGAAGAACCUGCGGCCCCAAGACUAUGCCAGCUACACCUGCCAGGUAUCCGUGCGAAAUGUGUGCGGCAUCCCGGACAAGGCCAUCACCUUCCGGCUCACCAACACCACAGCACCGCCAGCCUUGAAGCUGUCCGUGAACGAAACCCUGGUGGUGAACCCUGGCGAGAACGUGACGGUGCGGUGCCUGCUGACGGGUGGCGACCCCCUCCCCCAGCUGCACUGGUCCCACGGGCCCGGCCCACUGCCCCUGGGGGCUCUGGCUCAAGGGGGCACCCUCAGCAUCCCGUCAGUGCAGGCCCGGGACUCUGGCUACUACAACUGCACAGCCACCAACAACGUGGGCAACCCGGCCAAGAAGACCGUCAACCUGCUGGUGCGAUCCUUGAGGAACGCCACGUUCCAGAUCACCCCGGAUGUGAUCAAAGAGAGCGAGAACAUUCAGCUGGGUCAGGACCUGAAGCUGUCAUGCCACGUGGAUGCGGUGCCCCAGGAGAAGGUUAACUACCAGUGGUUCAAAAACGGCAAGCCGGCACGCGUGUCCAAGCGGCUGCUGGUGACCCGGAAUGACCCCGAGCUGCCCGCUGUCACCAGCAGCCUGGAGCUCAUUGACCUGCACUUCAGUGACUACGGCACCUAUCUGUGCCUGGCGUCCUUCCCGGGAUCGCCCGUGCCUGACCUCAGCAUAGAGGUCAACAUCUCUUCUGAGACAGUGCCGCCCACCAUCAGCGUGCCCAAGGGCCGCGCGGUGGUGACGGUGCGAGAGGGCUCUCCUGCUGAGCUCCAGUGCGAAGUGCGGGGCAAGCCCCGGCCGCCGGUGCUGUGGUCUCGUGUGGACAAGGAGGCCGCCCUGCUGCCCUCGGGGCUGGCCCUGGAAGAGACCCCGGAUGGGAAGCUGCGGCUGGAGCGCGUGAGCCGCGACAUGAGCGGCACCUACCGCUGCCAGACCGCUCGCUACAACGGCUUCAACAUCCGACCCCGGGAGGCUCAGGUGCAGCUGACGGUACACUUCCCGCCAGAGGUGGAGCCCAGUUCCCAGGACGUGCGCCAGGCGCUGGGCCGGCCUGUGCUCCUGCGCUGCUCGCUCCUGCGAGGCAGCCCCCAGCGCAUCGCCUCGGCCGUGUGGCGCUUCAGGGGGCAGCUGCUGCCCCCGCCGCCUGUUGUUCCCGCCGCCGCCGCCGAGGCCCCUGAUCACGCCGAGCUGCGCCUGGACGCCCUGACCCGUGACACCAGCGGCAGCUACGAGUGCAGCGUCUCCAACGACGUGGGCUCAGCCGCCUGCCUCUUCCAGGUCUCCGCCAAAGCCUACAGCCCGGAGUUUUACUUCGACACCCCCAACCCCACCCGCAGCCACAAGCUGUCCAAGAACUACUCCUAUGUGCUUCAGUGGACGCAGAGGGAGCCGGACGCUGUGGACCCUGUACUCAACUACAGGCUCAGCGUCCGCCAGCUGAACCAGCACAAUGCCUUGGUGAAGGCCAUCCCCGUACGGCACGUGGAGAAGGGGCAGCUGCUGGAAUACAUCCUGACAGAUCUCCGUGUGCCUCACAGCUAUGAGAUCCGCCUCACACCCUACACCACCUUUGGGGCUGGCGACAUGGCUUCCAGAAUCAUCCACUACACAGAGCCCAUCAACUCGCCCAACCUGUCAGACAACACCUGUCACUUUGAGGACGAGAAGAUCUGUGGCUACACCCAGGAUCUGACAGACAACUUUGACUGGACAAGGCAGAAUGCUCUUACCCAGAAUCCCAAGCGCUCUCCCAAUACCGGUCCCCCUACCGACAUCAGCGGCACCCCUGAAGGCUACUACAUGUUCAUUGAGACCUCCAGACCCCGGGAGCUGGGGGACCGGGCAAGGCUGGUGAGCCCCGUGUACAAUGCCAGCGCCAAGUUCUACUGCGUCUCUUUCUUCUACCACAUGUACGGGAAACACAUCGGCUCCCUCAACCUUCUGGUGCGGUCCAGGAACAAAGGCGCUGUAGACACGCAUGCCUGGUCCCUCAGUGGCAACAAGGGCAAUGUGUGGCAACAGGCCCAGGUGCCCAUCAACCCCAGCGGGCCCUUCCAGAUUAUUUUUGAGGGGGUUCGAGGCUCGGGCUACCUGGGGGAUAUUGCCAUAGAUGAUGUCACACUGAAGAAGGGAGAGUGUCCCAGGAGGCAGAUGGAUCCCAACAAAGUGGUGGUGAUGCCAGGCAGCGGCGCCCCCCGCCUGUCCAGCCUGCAGCCCUGGGGGUCCCUGGCCAUGCUCCUCUUGGCGUUGCAGAGAUGAUGAGAGCUGCGUGGGCCCCACCCCCACCCCACCCUGCCCCCCGGCACACCAAAGUGUCCACAUCGUACCAAAGACUGACCCCUGCCAGCCGGGGUGCCCAGGGGCGGGGCCGGCCCGCCAGGGAGGGGGCCUUCAUUGGCUGCGAGGAUGAGCGGAGAACACGGACAGAGGCCAGGCCAGGCUCUGAUGGUUGUCCAACACACACGCACACGAACACGCACACACUCACCCACACUCACCCACACUCACACACACAGAGAUAUUAAAGCACAAGUUUCUACUUGACCUGCCGGCAACUUUUUUACUAUGGAGACAGGGGACCUUCUGAACGGCGUCCGCCAGCUCCAGGGACCUUGGUGUGACACAGGCCUCCUCUUGGCUGCACUGCACUGUUCCUGACCUCGCCCUGUCCCCUGACUCGAGGCCGAACUCCAGCCCAGAGGCUUGCCGGAAGGGAGCCAGAUGUGGGCAGGCACAUCAGACUUGGGCUGCCUGGACGGAGGUCUCGGGGUUUAGAGGCAAGCCUCGGGGGUCGCUCAGAGUGUCCCUUGUUCAGAGGCUGACGAGGAAGGGGCACCCGCUGCGGGUAGCUGUCCGCAGGAUGGAGAGUGGAUGGUGGAGAAGCCAGCCAGUCAACUCAGACCCCCCCCACACACCUGUUCCUGGGAUGUCACGCUCCCCUCUCCUCCCUGCCCAGUCGGAGGGCCCCAGCACAGGGCUUAGGGAUGUGCAUUGUGAAGGCUGCUCCCCACGUCCUGCCCCCGCUCCGAUCAGCAGCUUCGACGCCACUCCAGACAGCACCAGCUGGGGACUUCCGGGGAGAGCCUGGUGUCAGGGGCAGCUUCCCCGCUGUUUUCCCGGGUCAGCCCUGGCUUUGAGAGGAGCACGGGGUCCUGCCUCUGCGACCCCGUGUCCCCUCAGAGAACAAUGAGCUCGUGAGUGGGAUGGAGCGCCCCCCCUCCUCAUUUCUUAGGCGUUUAGUCAGACAGGGAGUUCUGGAAGAGGGGGCCGGGGAGGGUAGGACACUGUCCCGCCAGCCCUGUGGAGCACGGGAGUGAUGGAUGGAGGCUGUUGGGUCUCCUUGUUCCCUGGGAGCUGGGAAGGGAUCUUUGUCCUUGGAGCUCGACGUUGAUGGACUAGGCUCUAGAACUUCCCUCUCCGGUCCCCCUUACCGGCUACCUAGCUUCCAUGGAAGAGCGGAAUCCUAACCCCUUCUGGGAUGAGUUUGUGUGCAUGCACAAACUCGUGUGGUAUGUCUGUGUUUCCGUGUUCGAGUGUGUCUGUGUGUGUGUGUGUGUGUGUCUGUGUGUGUGUGCGCGUCUCUGGGUAAGAGCGUGUGUGCCCAUCUGUGUCUGUGUACCACUGUGCACAGCACCGAACGAGGGUGUGUGGGAAAUAUGAGGCUAGGCGAGAGUCCAGUCCCUGAGUGUCAGCGUGCAUCUUUCAUCGUGAUGACGUGGGGAGCUGGUCCUGUGUGCCUGCUGCAGUCCUUCAUUCCUGGAGGAUGACAGAGACCUCACAGAGGACCCUCUUGAAGGCUGGCCCCUUGGCUGGAGGCGUGGCCCCGGGCUCUUCCCAGUACAUUUGCGGGAAACAGGCACAUUGAGGAUCAAGACCCUUGCAGCCCAGGCCCCAAGUCCCGCCUGGUCUGUAUCUUCAUUGUUAUCAUCAUCAUCAUCACCGUCACCACCAUCACCAUCACCGUCAUCAUCGGCUGUGAGUGGUCGGGCCAGGCUACAGCUGGGCCUCCUGGUACCCAACCAGUGUGGACCUUCAAGGCCUGUCUGAAGUGAGUUGCUCUGGCUUCCAGAACACGCAUCCAUGGCACCUACGGGGUACAUUACUCCUUAACUGUCCCAUCUGUGUCGAGUCCGUGGUCCCAGCUAGACCGUGAGCCCUGCCCCCGAGCCCCUUCUUCAUUCUCUCAGGCGUGAGGGGGCAGACAAGGACAAAAACCUGGUGGAAUGGGUUCCAUAAGCCAGUGACCCCUGCCUAUAGAACCCACCUGCCUGGGUGUCAGGGUGUGAGUUGAUGGUAUCGGGGUGCAGCCUGUAUUAGAAGCAUUAAGAAGCCCCUUAGGACAACCUGAGAGGGGAAGCUGGGGUCCUCUCAACUCCAGGGCCUCUGAGCCAGGGCUGUGCUAGAGAAACAGCCCCGUUCUGUCCUCCGAGGGUUCCCAUCCUACCCUAAGCCUGCUCCUGCACAUCGGUCCCCCGUCGGUGCGGACUCCUCUGUAUCCCAGGGCUAGACACAGGAAAAGUACACGGUGUGUGUUGGCCCAUCUCAUCCCUGAACCUUCUCCGUAGUGAGGGCAGCCAUGCCUAAGGGUGUGUGGCCUGUCUAAGACACCCACCGUUGUGUGCAAGUGGGUAAGGCUAGGGUGUGUGUGUGUGUGUGUGUGUGUGUGUGCGUGUGUGUGUGUGCGCACGCGCGUGUGCCCACGGUGUGCAGGGGCUGUGAGGUGUGCGUGUUUGCCUGCGCCAGAAGCAUUUAGACGUGUGCAGGACUGAGGGUCUAACUGCGGGGCAGGAGCUUUUGCACGUGGAUGCCUGUGAAUCAGCAUUCCUGUAUGUAUCCCUGUGGGUCAGAGUUGCGAUAGGAGACCAGGCUGGUGGGAUCCAUGGCGUCUCUUCAGUGGCACCCUCACCCUCUGUGAUGACGGAACUGAGGAAAACUGUGGCCUUAAAACAAGGGCCCCAGAGUCAAGCUCUCAGGGUUCUGGGGCUCUUUUACUGCUGGCCCCUGAAGGUUGAUGUCCAGGGUGCUGGGAGAAAGGGAUUCUGGGACCAGGUACUGAAUAGCAACCGAUGGGUAGCCUCAGCUUGGUUGUCCUGCGCCUGGGACCACAGGUAGUGCCCGGGGAAGCAUCCUUCAUCCGAAGACAAAGCCUGCCCCUCCCAUCCUUCCCUCUUUCCCAUUCACCAUCUAUCUCCUGUUCCCCGGAAGCACCUGUCCAAGCCAGCAGAGCCAGGACGAGCCUCAGAAAUGCAGGCUUCUUCAUGGCACAAAUGCAGAAGCUGGAAUGAAGAUGGGCCCGGGCUAGCUCAAGUCUUGGAAGCCUAGUGCUGCAUCGCUGGGAUGUUGUACCCCCUGCCGCCGCUCCUGGGAACCCCUUACAGGAUAGCCACAGGCAGCGAAGUGGAACUGACCGCUGUCUGGGUGCUGUCGCUGCAGCUGGGCCUGCUACACGCGUGACAGGUGUUGCUCGGAUCUUUUUGAGAGAGAAGCCAUCUUCCUGUCCUGUUCUGGCUUCUCCCCCCGGGCCACAGAUGCUCCGAGCCCGAGGACAGCACGGAUGCCACAUGGAGGGUGUCUUUCCCUGUCAACACUGGCCACAGCCGCUGCUCCUCCCCCCAGGCUCCAGACAGAGGAGACUUUGUUUCCCCCACUGCUCACUGCUGUCUGCAACCAAGACCAGCAGAUGCCAUUGUCCUCCUCAUCCUCAUCCUCCCCGGGGCCAGGAAGGCUGGAGAGGACAUGCAGUGUCCUUCGGUUGUCUUCUGCUUGAACAGCUCCAUGGGGCUUUAGAGGGAUGUUUCCAGAGAAUGUCCGAGGGGUGUGAUGCGUGAACCCGGGCUGGAGAAUUCCUGCAGGCCAUUGGCCGAGCUCGGAUUCCGGGUGCAUUCUGUUCUGUCAGUCCUGCACAAGCGUGUGUGUGCGUGUGUGCGUGUGUGUGUGUGUGUGUGUGUGUGUGUGUGUGUGUGCGUGUGUGUGGUGUAAGGGCAGAAGGACCACUCCUUUCCAGAGAUCUCUUGACCCUUAGCACUGGGAGGGACCUUAGAGGCAUCGACUCUGGUGUGCCCACUGUACAGAUGAGAAAACUGAGUUUCAGGGAGAAGGCAUCUGCUUGUCCCCACUCCCCUCCCUUCCAUGCUUGGCCUCCAUUCAUGGCCCCGGGGGCCCUGAUACAAAUGCUCUCCCUCCUAGCACCUUCCUGCCCUCCACCCAGACACCCCAUUUUCCCCCACCUCAGCCUAGUUCUACAGGAGGGGAACCGAUUGCUCCAGGACAUUCCCAAGCAGGACCGCUCCCUGCCCCCCAGGCAGCCUGGUCAUCAGAGCAGGAAGGGACUCUUCCAGCCCAGGGGCCUCCUGGACAGGAGGAGAGCCAAUCCCUCUCCACAUGCCCAGGUCCAUUCUGCCCUGCCCACCCUGAGGUAAAAGCACAACAGGAGACCCCCCUACUCAUGGGUGACAUGUCUCACCCCUUUGCCUUGCUCUCUGUCUCCACCCAGCCUCUGUUCCCCACCACCCAUUCUUCUCUCUUCCACAAACCCCCAAAUGUAACCUCUAGUUGCGGACUCGGUUGUUUCAAUCAAUAAAGAUGCAGUGUUCUAGAACUCGGGGCCAGCCUUCGUGUGUUGGGCUUCUGGUGGGUGGGGAGCUAGGUGCUGGGCUGGGCUGAGGA